GUACAACCUAAUAUUUAAAUUUAAAAUAAAAUGCGUCUGAGCUUAUAGACUACCCCUUUGUUGUUUCUCUCUGGCAAAACCCCUCUCGCUCUUGCAUCUCUUCUAAGAAGCUCUCACUCAUUCUGUAUACCGAUCAUUAUUGGUUCGAUGAUGCUUUCUCUGUCUAGAAAUACUCCGAUCAUUCUUUUUCGAGCUGAUAUCGGAGACGCGGUGAUUUGAGCUAUUUCUUCAGUUCGAUUUCUGGCUUCCGGAGGUCUGAGGGCUUUAGGUUGGUCGAGGAAAUGUAUAAGAACCAGCUGCAAGAGCUGGCGCAGAGGAGCUGCUUCAACUUGCCGUCGUAUUCCUGUAUCAGAGAAGGUCCUGACCACGCGCCGCGGUUCAAGGCUACCGUCAACUUCAAUGGCGACACGUUCGAGAGCCCUAACUACUGCUCCACGCUUCGCCAGGCUGAGCACUCUGCUGCCGAGGUUGCGCUCCAUGCUCUAGCCAACGGUGGUCCUUCCCAAUCACUUGCUGCGAAGGUCCUGGAUGAAACAGGUGUAUACAAAAAUCUCUUGCAAGAAGUUUCUCAAAGGGUGGCAGCGCCAUUGCCUGCAUACACAACAUACAGAUCAGGUCUAAAAGGACAUCUACCUCUCUUCAGAUGUACAGUGGUGUUGGCAGGGGUUACCUUUACGGGUGAACCAGCCAAAAAUAAGAAACAGGCUGAAAAGAAUGCAGCCAUGUCAGCUUGGUCAUCCCUAAAAUUAUUGGAACAGCAGCAGUCAGAGAACUCAAAAUUGAAUUCACCUGAUAAGGGGGGAAUAAGGAUAGAAGAACAAGAGCAUGUUACUGUAGCACGGGCUUUCCAAAUAUAUCUGAUUAGAUCUAGAGUAGCUGGAUUGCCAUUUCCAAUCAGUUACCAGAGCACCUCAAAUCCCUCAAGGCCAUCAACAAGUACACAACAACAACCUCUGGCUGCUACAUCAUCAAAGAUACUACCCCUAAUCCGCCCAAGAACACAUCUCGGUAUAAAACCCCUGGUCCAAACUAGACCACCUUUGAAUCCACCAUCACCAAUUAUUAUCCAACCAGUACAAUCUUUUUCUGUCGGUGCCCCACCUUACAUCCCUGUCCGGCAUUUGACACCACUGCAUCAUAGAAUUGCGCCUCCUGUGACUGUAAGGAGUGCGAUCCCAGUUUUUUCUGCACCACCACGCCGACCACCUUCUCAGCCACCAUAUAUGUAUGUUAGACAAGGUGUUGUGCCAGUGUACCCUUCUCUCCCAGAAAUACAGCCCUUUGUAAAGGAGCCACAUCCAUCUAAAGCACCACUGGUUGGGGUUAAGGAAAAACGAGACACUAAAUUAAAUCCCGAACCCCCAGAAAAAUCUGCUCCAACGAUAUCAACUGACCUUUGAACCACAAACCUAAUGGCUCCACCAGAGAAUUGACUGCCGUUGCUGAUAAGCAACAAGAGUCUUUGGAAAUGAAGAAUAUGAAGAAACUUAGUAUAUACGUAGUAUGAUGCAACGGCAGCCAGGGACCAGGGGUUAUCACAUAUGAAGAAACUUAGUCUUUGGAAAUGAAGAAUAUGAACUAUGAAGAAACUUAGUAUAUACGUAGUAUGAUGCUUCAUAACAGUCAGCCAGGGACCAGGGGUUAUCACAUUUUCUAGCCUUUUGUAAUGCAUCCCCACAUGCUCUACAGAUAAAUGAUUUAUUUAGGUGGUAAUAUUUUAUUGCUAUCCAUUUUCUAGCCUUUUGUAAUGCAUCCCCACAUGCUCUACAGAUAAAUGAUUUAUUUAGGUGGUAAUAUUUUAUUGCUAUCCAUGUGUUCUUUUAUACUACAUCUGUUCCAAAAGGUUCUUUCCAUUUUCUUUUUUG